GUUUCUUCUUCUAAUUGGGGUGUACCUUUCCCGUUCCGAGUUCUUUGGUUCUUUCACUGACUGGACUCACUGACUGGACUCAAUGACUCAACCUCCGCGAAUUUGAAUCCUUGACACUCGUGUUUGCUCACAGGCUAUUAUUUCAGUUUCCGGUAACUCAAAACUUCGAAUUCGGCCACGAUGGCAGAAUAGACCGGCAUUUCUUCACCAUGACGGCUGUUAACCCUUAUGGGCGCAACACAGGAGGACUCCGAUCCAACCCGUCUCUCAACCCUGCAAUUGCUCUGUUUGAUAAGGUGAUGGACCCAAUGAAAUUCUCCUCUUUGGGUGUGGCUGACCUUGUCGCGGAAAAUGGUCUCAGUACUAUGGCUGACUUUUGCACUCGGAUCGGCAAUAACCCUCCUCUCCGUACGAAUUCAAACAAGGCAAUGGUGGAGAGCUCUCUUAAGAAGUAUAUAGAGGCACUGUGCAAGGAGCCGCGGACUAAGUUUGGGAGGUGGCCAGAGUUUACCAAUGUGUCGCUAUUCCCUCCUGAUGAUAUUAGUGCUUUGAAAACUACCUUUGAAAACCACCAUGGUCGGACCCUCUGGUUGCUGCUGUCAUGAUCAAGAAUUACCAGUACAUGCAGGACACAUAUAGAGCCGACCACCGAUAUGUGCAUCGGAUGCGGACAGUGGUGCAUCGACUGGAGUUGGCGGUUGACCUUGUGGAAGCUUCCACCAAGCUGCACCACUGGUCAAAGAAGAUUGAAGAUGAUAUUGCAGCUGCUGAGAGUGACAACGGAGAAGUGGUCAGGGCCAGCAUUUCUGACAAACUGCAUGAGCUUGGGAACAAUGUGACCGAUCUGCUUAGAACUCGACAACAAGAGCAGCUCAACCAAACACUUAUUUUGCAAGGGAUUGGCGAGUUGAAGCAAGGGCAGAGCGAUAUCAAGAGCAGCGUGGAUUCUCUUACAGAGGCAAUCCGACAAUUAACUACUCAGCUGGAAAGGGAACCAACUGUUAGGGCACCGGCCGCAACUCCGGCCGCAGCUCCCAGUCCUCCUCGACAGCCGCAGCAGCAAAGUCCUACGCGACAACAAAGUCCUAUAUGACAACAAAGACAACAAAGUCCUCCACGGCAACAAAGUCCUCCGCGGCAGCCGCAGCAGCCGGAACGAGUUCAACCGGCCAUUCGAUCUGGUGCUAAUACUGGCCGUGGAGUUUGCGAUGGUGACAGGAAGAUACACAACAUUCUGUCAACUUUGUAUCAA